UUUCAAAAUUUUAUUUCCUUAUCUUUGAAUUUUAGAAAUACAGCUUUUCCUUAAUCGUUAUCGGAAUGUUCCCGUAAAAAAAUAAAUAAAUAAAAAAGGACCCAAGACGGAUGACAACAAAGCUAAAUAUACUGUCGUGAGACGAUAUAAUGAUUUUACAUUUGCAGGAAAUUUUAGAGAAAAUAUUUUUGUGCAUUUUAUUUUCUUAGAUUUUUCCUUAUUAGAAAUUGUAAGUCUCUCUUGAGUUUAAUAAGUGGUUAUGGCGUCUAACAGUCCUAUGAGCGAGGAAACAGAUAAGCAAUUAGAAUUACUUGAGCUUAUUAAAAACAAUCACGAUGAGGCUUACUUGUAUGUCUCUCAAGGUCUUGCCUAUCAAGAGCAAAAACAAUACAGUCUUGCCACUGACAUGUAUAGAAAGGGACUGGAUAAAAUUAAUGCAGCAUUGGAUGUUAGAUGUGAUAAGGAAUAUUGUAAAGGUCCGAAGUGGGAUAAUGCAAAAAAGCUUCAAGAAAAGAUGAAGAAAACGUCUCAGUUGAUUCGUAGUCAACUCCAGGGUAUUUCUUUUGACAGUGCGUUUGCUAACCCUCCUUAUACACCUCCAGAGCCAUUUGAAAUGCCUCCAAGCUACGACGAAGCAUGUGAACAUGACUUUGUUGUUGUACCUAGGCGUUCAUCGUACCCGGUAGAAGUGAAUGGUGCGAAUCAUAGUGAUGAUAAAAGUCGGAGGAACAGUGCGGAAGUGGCAGAGCUGUUUUGUGUGCCUGAAGGUGUGCAGUUAUUUUUCGUUUCAUAUGAUGGUUCUGUGACUACAAACAGCACUCAAACCUCUCUGUAUGUUUAUCAGUUUAUUGAUAAUAAAGAUGUUGAAAUAAAACCUCCUGCCUGGCUACAAAUCGGAAGUUGGACUUAUCCCCUUAUACCUGGACAAUCACCAGCUUUAGAGAGUAGCUAUGGUGCUUUCCUAUUUCCUAAUGUAGGAAAUGCAAGAGAUUCUGCUGUUGGUGUAGUUUUACCUCCUUCUGUCAGUUCAGAAGAAAGGGCAGCCUUUUUGCAGUUGUUGCAUCAGCUUACUGCACUUAAGGAAGAAAGAAGAAUUGAAUUGAAAGAUGCUGAAGUUCAAGCAGAGCAUACAUCAUCACCAUCAUCUCCUAUAAGUGAAACAAUUUCAAAAGGCAUUGUUACAGGUGCUGAAUAUUUAUCUGCUGGAAUUGUAAAAGGGGCUGCAUUAAGCAGCGAUCUGAUUCAUAAAGGUGCUACGAAAGCAAGGCAAAGGAUAAGCCCCGAAGAUAAACCUGUUGUUGUAGAUCCUAGAGUUAGAGAAGGCUUAAGAAUUGCACAUGAAGCAUCUGGUUGUGCUUUAAAAGCUACUGGAUAUUUAGUGCGUAAGCUAGGAGAUUUGACAGUGAGCUUGGGCAGACAGUUGGCACCUCAUAUUCGUGAACAAAGUACUAAACUUUUAACUUCAGCUUUUAGAAGAGAUCCGGCUGAUGCUAAGGAUACAGUCGAUGGAGUUCUUACCGUGGCUGCCGGUGGCUUGCAAGGUUUCUCAACUAUUUAUAUGGGUUUAGAGAAUGCAGCUAGGAUGUUAGCUUAUAGUCUUAGUGCUGAGACAGUUAACAUAGUUGGCCAUAAAUAUGGUGGAGAAGCUGGUGAAGUGGUCGGUGAUGCUGUAUCAUCAAUUGGAAAUUUAGCAUUAACCACGCAUAAUGUUCAAUCAUUAGGAGUUAAAUCCAUUGCAAAAAAAACAGCUAAAGAUACCGGAAAAGCAAUUCUAAAAGACUAUAGUGAACGAGUUAAUUUACCUGAUAAGUAACUAUGAAUAUGGGCUGCUAUUGUUUUAAGUAUUUUUAUUUUACUGUCAAGCUACCAAAAGAACUGCCCUAGACACUAGACUCGUGAUUUAAAGGUUUCAGAUCUGAGUCACUACCUAUAGUACUGUGGGGUUUUAUACUCUAUUUUGGCUAAAAAAAUUAAAGUUUCAGCUACGAAUUUUAAAAGCAAUGCAGUGAUAACGAAUCAAGCAAGUUUGCAACUUGUGGUUGUGUUUUAUCAUUUACAAAAUAGCAGCUUUAAUAUCAGACUCUUUUAUCUAGAGCAGUUUUUCUGUCCGCUGAAUGGUAUUUACAUAUUGUUAUUAUGUUUGUUAACAUGUUGUACAUUUAUUGAGUUUGUUUGCGAACUUGAAAAUUCUGUAUUGCUCUCUUUAUUUAAAAAAUAUGCACACACACUUAUUGUAAAAUAUACAGAAUUCAGAAGUUCAGAUUUUUAAAAAAAUUAUUUUAACAGGUUUUAUUUUACAUUAAUGUUUAAUUAAAUGCGUUAAUGUUUGUUAUGUAAAUAAUUACCAACAUUAUAGUAAAGUUAGAGUAUACUAAAAGUUCUUGUUUAGCUCAUUUAUUUUACAAAGCAUUGAAAUGCUAAAAUUUUUUACAAAACUUUCUUAAUUAGCUUUUCAAUCUUUGUUAACUACUAUUACUUUUCUUAAAAUUUAACACUUUUCUUUUAAAAAUUUGCUUUAGGAGUCAUCCGUAUAAUUAAUAAAAGAAUACCUCUAAUUUAUAAAUAUUUAUAUAUUGAUUAGACAGUUGGUCUCAAAAUUGUUUUUACUCUAUGACCACCUUUGCUAACAACUGGCUGUUGAGCAACUACGAGUCCAUAACAAACAAGCAUUGCUUAAACUCUAUUAAAAUCAUAAUAUUUUAUAACUGAUCAAAGAACAGUCAACAUGCUGAGUUUUAAAAAAAAACUCCUUGGAAAUUUUAUUUUUUGCGAGUUGCUUUUUAAUAUUUCAUAGUUCUAUAGAAAAAUCAUAAUAAUUUGAAUACUUAGAAGUUUUAUUAGCUUAUUUUCUACAUACUUCAAACAUGGGAGAAAAAAAGAUUUUUUAGUUGACAAAAUAGAAGCUCCUUUUAUUUUCUGGAUUCUUGUUAUACUAUUUAUUAACACUAAUUUAUAUUGUUAGUAAUAAAUUCUAUUAUAAAUGUUAUAAACUACUGCUUAGAGUUUUACUAAUAAAUUUGAUUAUCUACUUUUAAUACAUAUAUUUAUUAAAUUAAAAUUAUUAAGAUUUCACCUGUACUGUGAUAAAAAAAAAAAGUAGAAUAUAUUUCUAUAUAUUUUGAGCUUAGAGAAUUAUUGCUCUUUGUCUAUUUUUGUAUUGAUAUUGUUAUUGUAAUUAAACAGGAUUUUUCAAAGGCAAAUGUAAAAUAAAAGAACCAUGUUUAUGCACUAAUUUGAUUGUCAAAGUAAAUUUAAACUAUUUUGAUAUUAGUUAGAUGAUUAUAGUAAUAUUAUACAAGAUUUAUAUUACUUAGAGCUACAUAACUGUGUGCUUUCGAGACAAACAAAUAAAUAUUUAAUUAUUUUUAUUGGUUUAAUUUUGCAAAUGAUUUGCAAUGUCUAUAUUUAAUUAUGUGUACUUAUAAAGCUUAAUUAAUUCAAACUUAUUGAUACAAAGUCGUCAGAAACCGUCAAACAGAUGAUUUGGCCAGUGAGAUUUUUUAAAGAAGAACUUAAUGGUUGCAAAUUUUUCAUAAUUUAUUUAUAAAGUUUUUUCAACUAAGUUUAUAAAACAGGAGUAAAAUCUUUACUUACAAUUAUACUUCUAAUAAAUUUAUUAAAAAAGACUGGUUUAUUUCAUGAUGCAUUAAACCAGUCUUUUUUAAAACAUAUUUUAAAUAUUUUUCUUUGUGAAUGAUGUUUGUUCUACAUCAAAAAAUAGUUUCUUCCCAUGUUAUCUCAAAGAGUGUUCAGUUGAAAAAGUGUGUCCGUCCUUGUAGCAUAAUGGUUCAUUUCCACAAGAAUUAAAACAAUGCAAUUCAAAUUUUUACAGAUUUUGUGAUUGGAUAAAAAUGUUGCACUUAACAUUAAAAUAUUGGUACUGAAAUAAAAGUUUAUUCAUACUUACCAUCAGAUUAUAUUCAAUGCAUAUAUACACCUUUAAUUUUGUUACUUCAACAAUAUUUAACAACAAACCCCAAAAAAUAUUUUCAUGCUAAAAUUAAGUAUUAAUUUAUAAACUGUAUUUUAAGCUAAAAAUAUAAAUAAAUAAAAUAAAAUGAAAACUUUGUUAGUCAAAGUACUUUAAGAAGGUAAUAAUGUUAAAGGAAGCAUUUGUUUUGUUUAAUUGAAAAGAAGAGCUUUUUAAACUAUGUUAUGUGUAAAUUUUUGCUUUAGGAAAUCUAAAUUAAAUGUAUAAAAGUUUUAUAUUUCAUGGUUAUAUGAUUAAUUUUGUUUUCUAACUUAACUGAUGUAAUUUACAGCUUUAAUGUUGUUUAUGAAUAAGCAAUUAUAGUAGAGAAACUGCUUAUACAUUAAAGUAAUAAAAAGAUUUUUACUGUUUUUAUAAAACUCUUUUUAAACUGUUAAGAAGCUAGCAUUUUUCAUUGCACAUUGUCAAUACUUGCCAGAUUGCAUCAAGCACAAAUGUAUGCAUGCAAUUUUUAUGACAUAAAACAGAUUUUAUUUUUCUACGAUUCUUUUGUGUGUACGAACAGAACUAUUGAUUUAUUAAUUUGAUUUUCAGAAAUGUUUAUACAAAAUAGUGUAUAGCAUUUAAUAAAAAUGAAGAUUAUGUAAAUAGGAAUAUUUGAAUAGUUCUGUUCUUCAAAUAUUUUUCCACAAAGAAUGACAAAAUAAUAUUUUUUAAUCUAAUUAUUUUUUUAAUAAUCUAAUUAAUAUGAUCUUCUGUGUUAUUGAUUAGAAAUUUGUCAUAUACAAGUAUAAAGAGGCACAUUAAAUAAUAAAAAUUUUAUUUGUUUA